AUGGCAAAUUACACAGAGAAUGACCCAUGCCACAGCAAGCUGCACAUUGACAAGGGGAACCCGCGCAUUAGCGCGAUCAUGUUCUCCGCGGGAGUGAUAGGGAACUUGGCGGCUUUGAUCCUUCUGGAGAUCCGCCGCAGGAAGGACCAGAGCCGUCAGCGACUGUCGCUUUUUCACGUUCUGGUCACCACGCUGGUCGUCACAGACUUGAUGGGCACCUGUCUGGUCAGCCCUUUCGUCCUGGCAGCCUAUUCCUUCAACACCACCAUUAUUGCUAUGAUUAGCACUAAACCGCCUGCAAUGUGUGAGUAUUUUGGAUUCUGUAUGACUUUUUUCAGCUUGGCCACUUUAUUUCUCCUCUUCGCCAUGGCGCUCGAGCGAUGCCUCUCAAUUGGCUAUCCCUACUUCUACGGGCGGCACAUCACUAAACGUUGUGGAUAUAUCACCAUUCCUUUCAUCUAUUUAGUUUGCGCGGUGUUUUGCAUUAUGCCCUUCUUGGGUUUCGGGGACUACGUGCAGUAUUGCCCGGGAACGUGGUGCUUCAUUGACAUGAAUCCGUUAAUGCCUGAAGACCGUGUUUACCCAGUACUGUACGCAACUGUUAUGCUCAUUUUAGUCCUUUCUGUAGCGGCCUGCAACGCCUUUGUCGUUUAUCACCUGGUUUUGAUGUACCGGAGGCGCAAACUAAAUGGGGGAUCCGUGACAACUCGGAGUAAGAAGGACCGGAGAGUCCUCUCCAUGUCCGAAGAGGUCGAGCAUCUCAUCGUACUGGUGUUCAUGACGGUGAUAUUCAUGAUUUGCUCCCUUCCUCUGGUGGUAAGUUUUAAAACUAUUAUAAAGUUAUAAAAGUUGUACUGUUUGCCUCCCAAGUGUCCCCUUUGA